AUGGACUUGCCCAGCCGAAUUCUUAACGCUCUCUCAGCAGUGGACGGCUCAAUUAUUUCGUCGGACAAGUUUCCUGAAGUAUUAUCUACAGAAAUUAAAAGUGCACUGGACAAAUUAUCAUCACGGUCCAUGGUUUGUUAUGAAACUCUUGAUAGGGAUGAAGUAGUCCUCGAGCCUGAAGCGUUCGAGAUAGAAUCUCAAGGAAGUCAUGAGGCCCGAGUUUUCGAUGCUUUGCGUAACUCAGUUGACGGCCUUACGUUGUCAGAACUUGAGAUAGCUGUAGGAGACAAAAAUGCCGUUAAGGUCGGGCAGGGCAAAGCAUUUCGUUCAAAAUGGAUCGCGAAGGGCAAAGACGGCAAAUUUGUUGCAGCUCUCGACUCCAUAGAAGACAAUACUCGGUUACAGCUCCAAACGAUACAGCAAACCAAGUCGCAUUCUGAUCAAAAAGUUAUCAUGGAUUUGAAAAAACGCAAGUUAGUGAGACUGCAAAAAAUAACUAGCUUUAGUAUUCGAAAGGGUCCGAAAUUUGCCUUGCAAAUCUUAAAGGAGGAGACAGAUCUUACUGCAGACCUGUUGGUAUCUGGAGCAUGGAAGACGGCGGCAUUUAAACCGUAUAAUUUCAACUCGCUCGGGUCAGUUCAAAAUGCCGGGGCUCUACAUCCACUGAACAAAGUGCGGCAAGAAUUCCGCCAGAUCUUCUUUGAGAUGGGGUUUGAAGAGAUGCCCACUAAUCGUUUUGUGGAGACUGGAUUCUGGAAUUUCGAUGCCUUGUUCGUUCCACAACAACAUCCUGCACGAGAUCUACAAGAUACUUUUUACAUCUCAGAUCCUUUAAUUGCCGAUAAGCCUCAUGCAGAGAGUGUACAAGAUAACUCGAACUAUGAAGAAUAUUGGGAGAACAUACGUAGUGUUCACCAAGAAGGUAAGUAUGGCUCAAUAGGUUAUAGAUAUCCCUGGACCGAAGAUGAGUCGCUUCGGCUAGUUCUUCGAACUCACACGACAGCAAUCUCAACUGCUAUGCUUCACAAGCUGGCGGCAAUUAAAGGACCUGAUGGAAGACCACCUCCGGCCCGAUAUUUCUCAAUCGACCGAGUAUUUCGAAACGAAACGGUAGACGCAACCCAUCUCGCCGAAUUUCACCAGGUUGAGGGUGUGAUUGCAGAUUACGGACUAUCUCUUGGUGGCCUAAUGGAAUUUAUGGAAAUAUUCUUUGCGAAGAUGGGCAUACGAGAUUUAAAAUUCAAGCCAGCUUAUAAUCCUUACACGGAACCUAGCAUGGAGAUAUUCAGUUUCCACAAAGGUCUUAACAAGCUCGUAGAGAUCGGUAAUAGUGGAAUGUUCCGACCUGAAAUGCUAGAACCUAUGGGCUUGCCAAAAGAUAUGCGCGUUUUCGGCUGGGGAUUGAGCUUAGAGCGGCCAACAAUGAUUAAGUACAAGGUGAACAAUAUCCGAGAGCUGCUAGGUCAUAAAGUAGACUUGUCGUUUAUAGAAAGGAAUCCUGCUGUCCGGCUAGAGAAAGAUUAA